CUGUAUAUUAUCUUACAGGUGGGAACCAGCGUGAACUUGCCCGCCAAAAGAAUCUGAAGAAGACUCAGGAGAUCCACAAAGGCAAAAGGAAAGAGGAUAGCUUGUCUGCUUCUCAGAGAAAACAGAGAGACUCUGAAAUUAUGCAGCAAAAACAAAAAGCGGCUAAUGAAAGGAAAUCUCUGCAGGCAGAAGCAAAAUGAGCUGCCUGUAUGGGGAAGAUGAGAGCACCGAUAAAGCAGAAGGGCUGAGAAGAUCAUUCAUUAAAGUGUCUGGCCAUUGAAUUGUUAAAUGUCUAUCUUGCAGAGUUUUUCAACUAGCAUUUGUUUAGAGUAUUUUCUGGUUAGCAUAGGCUUAGUUGUCUGGAGUGCUGUUUCAAAACUGACUAUA